AUGGACUCUACGACUCAGACCAACACCGCGCAGCAGCCCACCAACACCACCGCGUCGGGAGGUGACGCGCUCGAUAAGGGCGUCGACUUCCUCGAGAAGAAGGCCGGGCACGAGCAGAGUCAUAGCACAACGGAGAAGAUCUCCGACGGUAUUCGUACAGGGUUCAAGAAGAUGGCUGGCAAGGAUGUGCCGGUGCAGGAUAAAAACUAUCAAUGA